UGGAGCUGACAUUCCCGCGAAACCCAUCGCCGAUACCAAUAUAUAGUCAAUUGCCGAACACAUCGGCGGACACUUUGCUCAACACAUGUUCGCGAAUGAAUGGCAUUCAAUCAUCAAAUGGCAAAGAAAUGUCGGCAAUCGGCGAACCUUUUCUCAAAAAGAGUGUCCAAAACACUGCCGAACAGAACAACGCGGAUGUGUUUCGUCAGCCGAGAACUGCGCCCCGAUUUGGACUCAAAGCGAAGGCCAACAUCUCUGCGCCCGUCUCCGAGCCAACAGCCCCUCCGUCCAGACCUGAGCCCAAAGCGCCUCUAAAUCAGGCGCAGAGCAAACUGUUGGCCAAACUUAAGGAAAAAUAUACACAACUAUCAGAUGAUAUUCUGGUGGACAGUAUGUCACAAACGAAGAAUCAAUUGAUCACAAGCGGUAGUCAUCCGAAAGGGUUCACUGGAAUGAAGAUCUCAGAGAUAAUUAGCAAAAUUAGUGAUUAUAUCGACAGAAAU